UUUAAUUGAAGGUAAGAGCAUCAACAAAUUGUCACAGGGUCGCGGAAGCAUCGUUAGUCAGAAGAGAGCAGUUGUUCGGGCAGUGAGUUGUGAUUUUAUAAUCGGAAACGAAGGAAUUUCGGUGGUAAUCGAAAAGGAGUAUUGAGGAGCAUUUGAAACGUAUUUGCAUUAUUGUAUAACCGAAAUUCGUAGUCUCGUUUUCGCAAUCGGUUCGUUUGCCAGUCCGACGAAUUCGGAGCUCAGAAUUAUAGAAGGAGCGAGGAGCUGUCGUUGAGGCGAGGCCAAGAUGGCUGAGGAGGAAUCGAGAGGUGUCGAAGAGGUCGUGGAGAGCGCCGAGAAGUUGGAGGGUCUGAAGCAGAUCGAUUGUAAAGUCGGGCCGGAGGAGACGAGAAAGCAGGAGAGUCCGAGUCCCUCGAGGUCGAGGAACGAUCUCACGCCGGGCACGAAAACGAAGCGCAAAGCGCGUUCGACGCGGAGGAGAUUGAACGCGAUGAUGAACAACAGCUCGUUACACUUUUCCGACACGGAUUCCGAGGGCGAGUUGACGCUGAUAAACGCUCAUACGAGAAAUUCGAGUCCGGGUAAAAUCGUGCGUAAAAUCGACGCGCAGAACCCGACGAUCUCCGUGACGUUGGAGGGCGGCGACAACGCGUCGGCCGACAACGAAAUCGAGAAUCCUCAGUUGCAGGGCUUCGGUAACGCGUCAACGGGGACUUCGCGCCGCGGUAGCUUCGUCGAGAAUUUAACCGACGUCGACGAGAUCUACACGAGCGAGCCCGAGGUCGAGGGUGUUUGUAAAACCGCCGGCAACAGAGGCCUCGUCGUCCUCCAAGAUAAUUGUUAUCAGGGGGAAACCGACUGCGAGGACUUUUCCAACGACGAGGGUGACGAACCGAGUCCGAUUUACGUCGCGGCCAGGAGCGACAUCCUCUGCGACUUCAGCGGUGGGACAAUCACUACGAAGGAAGGUGACGGUCCUUUUUCGAUCGAGGUGCGAAACCAAAUGUCCUUCGAUUGCGGCGGCGCCGAGGCCAAAGAGUUCACCGAUACCCCAGACAUCGUCAUAAUGCCAACGACCGACAGCGAAGACAUGGACGCCUCCGACGAGGAAGACGUCCAGGAGGGUGCUUGCGGACAGCGCGAAAUGCUCGAGGACUUUGAUCUUCUCGCUGCCUCACAAAUCGUCAUGAAAAAUAUCAACAAAAUGGACAAUUCUCUCACCGUUAAAGACGUCUCUGACAAUGACAUCAGCGAUUGCCACACCGACGUCGAGGACGUCGAUUAAUGAGCGAGUCGAUCGACCGCUCCCGGUAGCAGAACUUUCAACCGUUUUCGUACUUUUAUUUCCACGGAGUUAGCAACCGAAAGAGAAAGGACAAUCGACUUCUCGUUAUUGCUUCUUCGCUCUUAAAUCGUCACUUCACAGUCACGCGGCACGCCGAAAAUGGACUCGCUCUUCGAGGUUUUUUUUUCCAAACGACGAAAAACUCUCUUCCGUCGUCCCCAAUUUUUCUGUUCGUAUCGCAGACCUUCCGCGAGAGAUCUAGAAAAGCAUUCUUUUUUCCGUCGAUUCGAGGUCGAAAGAACAGGCGAAUUAUCGAGGGAUAUUCGAAAAUGGGGAAAAAUGGGAAUCGUCAUCGUUAGGUGGAUUGUUGAAAACGAUUCUAGUCACGUGAAUUAGGCGGAGAUUUAUUCGAGCUUUCUCUUUGCACCACGCGUCUCACCGACCAUUCUUUUCGGAAUGGUCAUGUGUGCGUUCAAAAAUCGAUCGCAACUGCUUGUUCGGCCCCCAUAAUUUGGCACGUGUGUUGGAUGAAAAUAAAUUGUACCCGUUCCUUUGUUUCUUCGUGUAAAGUAAACAUUUGGCAAUUGCAUUUCCAUACUUCAUUUUGUACGGUAAAACAAAGAGAGAACGACAUCGAAUCACAAGUUUGAUUUCCAACAUGCAUCAUUCCAAACGUUAAUUUCACUUCUAUGCUCUCUUUUCGAUCGUUCUGUUUUAUUCUCACCAAUGUAUUUCGAGGCACGAGUUAAAAUUUAUCAAAACUUUCUGAUGUUACUUGCAGACAGAAAUGCCGUCCUCAACAUUAUCAUAGACAACCAAAUGGGAUAUUAAAAAAUCGAAAUAUAAAUCACUAUUAAAAUACGUCCGUGCGCUGUAUGUGUUACCUAAGAAAAAAAAAAAAAACAAAACUACAUUUAACUAAACAGUUAAAAGCUCAACGAGCAUCGAGCUGUGAGAUUUUUUUUGCCACGUCCACGCUUGCAACGCCAAUUUGUUGUGUACAAAUCAAUAUAAUAUUGAAUAUAUACAUUUAAAUAUAUAAAUGCAAAUAUAUAUGAUCGAGAUUAUAAUAAUUAUAAUUCGUGUUAUUAUUGUACGCCAAAUAUUUGAUUGACGUUGAGAAUAUCUUACCGCGAGACAAACGAAAGGUUUUAUCAAAAACGUUUGAAGAAAGACGCGUGAAAAAAGUAAAAAAAAAUACACGCAUAUAUCCAGUACGUAAAAUGUAAUCGAAAAAAUGUAUCGUUACGUUGCGUCCUAAAUAAAUAAUGAAAAAGCGAAUAAAUAACAUGAAGAAAA